CGAUGGCAGGGAAAUUCCAGUACAAACUUGGUAUCAACGAACUGAAAUCAAAGGAAUUCCGUUUAUGGCAAUCCCUUAUUGGAGAAUUCAUUGGAAAUUUGAUACUUAACUUCUUUGCCUGCGGCGCAUGUACACAAGCUGAGGAUGGUACAUUUAAGGCGUUGGCAUUUGGUCUGGGUGUUUUUAUGGCAAUUACGGUUGUCGGACAUUUAAGUGGAGGUCACGUAAAUCCAGCGGUAACAAUUGGAAUGCUUGUUGCCGGUCGCAUUAGUGUCCUACGUUCGGUGCUAUACAUAAUAUUCCAAUGUUUGGGUGCUAUAGCUGGAACGGCAGCUGUUAAGACUCUAAUUGAUGAGAGUUACUAUAACGGCUUGGGACACACAAAUUUGGCCAAAAACAUUACUGAACUACAAGGACUUGGAAUUGAGUUCUUCUUAGGUUUAGUAUUGGUACUAACAGUAUUCGGUGCUUGUGAUGCCAACAAACCAGACUCACGUUAUACUGCACCUCUGGCCAUUGGUAUGGCUGUAACAUUGGGCCAUUUGGGUACAAUUGCAUACACUGGUUCCAGUAUGAAUCCAGCUCGUACUGUCGGCACAGCAUUCGCUGUUGACAACUGGGAUUCUCAUUGGGUCUAUUGGGCUGGUCCUAUUUUGGGUGGCAUUGCUGCCGCCUUAAUUUAUACUCAAGUGUUGGAAAAACCAGCUGAACCAAAGGUUAGUGAAGUAUCGGAAAAAUACAGGACACAAGCCGAUGAACGUGAGAUGAGAAAAUUGGAAAGUGGCCGUGACUACGCCUAAAGCAUUUAUUAUAAAACAAACAAAUGUACAUUGAUUCCGGAUUUUGGAA